GCAUUCUUCGCACUAACCCAGCUACAGAACUAAAGAAUACCUUAUAAUUAAUUCACGUAUGUGAACGUAAUCGUUUAAAGGUUCUGGUUGCAGCAUGCUGUUGCAAUUAUUCUCAAAUAAAUGCGUUCAAGAUAGUAAAGAGUGGCGUGUCAUGUAACGCUCUAUUUCAAAAUCACUGGUACAGAAUUUGCAACAUAAAGUUGUAUAGAGUGCAGUAUCUUGUUGCUACGGAGAAUCUUGGUCACAAGAGCAACAUUAUGGAGCAGCAUCAUCUGCCGUCUGAAUUGUGAAAGUGCACAGACCCUAUUUCUGCCAGCAUUCCCUUCUAUUAAUAACACGAACUCCAGCCGUACGGGUCAACAAUAUCGUGUGACCACCGGUUGAUUUUCCAUAAUGGUGCCCGGACAUCUUUGCUUCCUGAGGGGAAAGAACAUUAAAAUAAAUCUGACAUUUAAUAUAACCGUUAUUGCGUGACUUGAUGCACAUACUCGAUUUCAGUUAAUUCAUACUUUCGAGAGUGAAGAGUUUUAUCCGCAGAAUUAGUUCCACGGCUCCUGUCGGCAGCUGUCAUGUCCAAAGACACGUUUGCCUUCAGCUCGGCCUCCCUGCGCUCCCUGCGGCUGGAGCAGCAGCUCCAGGACUGGGAGGACGCCCGCCGGGCGCUGGCGCAUCGGAGGACGCUGACGAGGGCGCCCUUGCCGCCGGCCCCCAGGAUGCCGGAUCAUCGCCGGAAUCAGCAGGCGACACCGACCAGGACACAACAGUGCUGCCGCGAUCCCGCUGUGCACAACACUUUCCUGAGCGGUGACAUCACCAGGGUGUACGCCGUCCUCCAGGACCCGUCCAUGGUCAACGCCCUGAUGGAGACGGUGCAGGAGGAGAUGGUGUGGGCGCCAGAGAUGGGAAUGUGGACCAUGGCCUCCAAGGCGAAGCAGACGUCGGCGCUGCGUCUGGCGGCGGGCCGGGGCCACGCGGCCUGCGUGGAGGAGCUGCUGUUCCGCGGCGCGGAGGCGGACGCCAGCCCCGGCGGGAGCACGGCGCUGCACGACGCCUGCGCGGGCGGACACGCGGCCUGCGUCCAGCUGCUGCUCGCUCACGGCGCCGACCCCGACCGGCUCGCCGCCGCCGACGGCAGCGCUCCCCUGCACCUCUGCCGAACCCCGCAGAGCUUAGAGUGCGCCCGGGUGCUGCUGGAGGUGGGCGGGGCCUCGGUGAACGCGCGCUCGCGGGACGGCGAGCUGACGCCGCUGCACGUGGCGGCGCGGCGCGGGCUGGAGGAGCACGUGGCGCUGCUGCUGAGCCGCGGCGCCGACGUGUCCGCGCGGAACCGCGAGGGCGAGACGCCGCUCAACGCGGCCUGCGCGGGGGCCGAGCGCCCGGCCGAGAGCGCCCGCUACCUGGGCGCGGCCCGGAGGCUGCUGGCGGCCGGCGCCGACCCGCGCACCGCCGGGAGGAAGAGGCACACGCCCCUGCACAACGCCUGCGCCAACUGCAGCGCGCCCAUCGCCCACGCGCUGCUGCAGCACGGCGCCAGCGCCAACGCGGCUAACUGCGCGGGCUACACGCCCAUGGACUGCCUCCUGCAGGUGGUGGAGGACUUCCCAGAUCAGCAGCCGGAGGAGGUGGCACGCUGGCUGCUUAACUAUGGGGCCCAGCCUGCAUCGCCCAAGAUGCUGAAGCUCUGCUAUCUCUCCCCUCCGACGCUGGAGGUGAUGCUGAACUCCUACACCGUUGUUCCUCCGUGCGAGGACUGGAUUGGCUCUGUACCCGAGGAGCUGCUGAAGGAGCACGCGCCGCUCUUCGAGUCCGCGUGGCUAACGAGCGGCCAGCCGCGGACCCUGCAGCACCUCUGCCGCUGCGCCCUGCGCCGCCACCUGGGGGCGCUGUGCCACUCCGCCGUAGCCGAGCUGGACAUCCCGUCCUCGCUCAGAGAGUACCUCCUGCUGGCCCCAGAGGGGCGGCUGCAUUGAGCAGGGGAGAACGGGACCGGCUAGCAUUUCAAGUACACGUAUUUGAAAUCAGACCCGGGUCAAAUACGUAUUUGAUUUGGAUUCAAAUAAUUUUCUGUGCUCUAUUGAUCUUGCCUGAUGUAAUUGAGCCUGCCAAUAUGACCAGAUGGCGGGUUUGCACUUUUUGAGAGUUUGUCAUUGGUUCCAGUAUUCCAGACAAGAUCAGUAAAGCGUAAAAAAAGUAUUUGAAUCCAAAGCAAAGAAGUAUUUGACCCAGGUCUGUUUGAAAUAAUAUCUGCAUGUAUGUAUUUCAUAUUAAAUGCAGGAUACUCACCUCUUUUUGUAUUGUUUAUAUCUCUAUGCCACCCUCAAAGCAGUCCGCACGUUAGUUUUGGUCGUAGUUCACAGAUGUGUUUAUUUUUGGAAGUAUUUAUAUUUUUUAACAAAAUAGGUUUUGGUGAGUUUUUUGGAACAGAGGGAUCUGUCACUCCUGAAAAGCAGGAAGGGAAAACAAGAGGGAUGAGGGGCUUUCGCUGGUGACAGUUCUUAAAAAAGUUAUGGUUCAGUUCUCAGGUGGGACCUUUUGGGCGUGACCCUGAGCCAGGUGCUGUAAUUAACCUGUGGGGAAUCAGGAAGUAAGCUGCUCUAAACUGUGCCUUCGGAUAAAGCACAGGCUCAUUCUUGUGAGCUGCUCAGGAUAAGAGUUUGAGUCACGCUGAUAAACUAUAGCAAUAAUUUAGUAACCUUUUAAAAGAGAGGGAAUGUAUUCGGUGUAAUAAUGGCUAAAUAAAAUAUAUGUUCUGUA